AUGGAAACAAAUGAAUCGCUGGUUGGAGCCAACGAGGCGGUGUUCGUGUGGGGCUCCGGGCGGGUCCUACACGCGCUGGUUCCUGAGGGGCAGCUGGGGCACGUCCGCGCCACGCUGCGGCAGCGCAACCUCACCGCCACGCUGCUGCAACAUGAUCCAGACACAGAUUUCAACAUUAAAGUACACACUUGUGGAAAUCAUAUGAAUGAUGACUGCACUUGUAUUAGCAUUGACAAGGCGAACUCAAGAAGGACCAAAGAAUUUGGAUGGUCGGCGUACUACGAUGUCGAUGAUAUCUAUGCAUACCUGCGCAACAUGAGCGCUCGGUAUCCUACGUUGGCGGCGCCAGUGGUGGGCGGGCGCAGCUACGAGGGCCGCGACAUCCUCGGCCUGCGCGUGCGCAAGCCCGGCGCAGGGGCAGCGAACAAACCCGCCAUCUUCAUCGAGUCUGGUAUCCACGCCGUUGAAUGGAUCACUUCCGCCACAAUAACUUACUUCAUAAACGAACUGCUCACCAGCAACGACCCUAACAUCACAGCGCUAAGGGAAAAUUUCGACUGGCACAUCUUCCCUCUUGUCAACCCUGAUGGAUACCAUUACAGUAUGAAUGAGGACAUCAUGUGGAGGAAGACCAGGUCCAGGUCUCCGAAUGGAUGCUUCGGCGCCGACCCCAACCGGAACUGGGACUACAAGUGGGACUUGGCAUUAAACGCGAGCAGCGACCCAUGCGACAACCGCUACACGGGCCCUCAGCCAUUCUCCGAGGUGGAGACGCGCACCCUGGCCUCCUACAUCGCAGCCGUCGAGAACCUACAGGCGUACCUCGCCUUCCACUCCAACGCUCAGAUGCUGCUCGUGCCCUACUCCGACUCCAAGGAACAUCUAGACAACUAUGAUGAUUUGAUUCAACUGGGUAAGGCGACUUUAGAAUACGGACGCAAGGUGAACGGAGCGAAGUACGACGGAGUGGGAACUGCGGCUGAAAUGUUAUACCCUGCAUCAGGCGGCAGCAUGGACUGGGUGCGCCACACCCUGCACACUCCACUAGUCUACACGUGGGAGCUGCGAGGCUGGGCCCUGCCCUGCUGGCCGGCCGCCAGGAUCCCUGCUCAGGGAGACGAGGUCACGCAGAUGAUCCAUGGCUUGACUGUUGAAGCGCGCAAGCUGGGCUACUUGAAGUAA